UCUCCUAUACCGAAUUGCUGACUGGUUACUUUACUGGUAAGAAUGUACAAGCGGUACCCAGUGAUUUAACGAUUUUCAGUCUUGCGGGACGUUUUGAGAGGGUUCUGGUGAUGUUCCGUGAUGUUUUGUGACGUUCCGCGACCCUCAGAAGGUUCCAGUGAGAACCCAAAGGUCACCUCCACGUUAAUUCCUACAUGACACCAGUACUGAACAAGAUCUAUUGGUAUCUUUCCUUUUCCAAACUCCUCCUCGAGUCAACUUCCUUCCUCUCAUAAAUCUUAAUUACAGGAUACCAAACAGGACUUAUUGUUGAGUCGCCCCAGGACACUGCCUCUAUUUAUAAGCGAAUUGUCCACCGGCAACUAAAGACUAUAGGCCCUCUGACACUUAACUCUUCUUUAAGGCAACUAUCUUCUAACCGAUGCGACUCCUGUGCAGCUUCGAAAACGAUUACCGAUACGCAUACCUUGACCGCAACUUCUACCUCUCGCGCGACUGCAAAGGCAAGAAGAUCAGAACCAAGGUAAAGUUCACGACCAAGUCUAGCGAGUACGACCGUGACCAGCUCACCUACAAGGUGACUCGGAACGCAGUAUUGGUAGUGCAGUACUGCAAGUGCCCGACUUGGGAAGACAACGGAUAUUCGAUCGCACGUCCGACGAGGACUGGGCGAAAAUUCUCCCAGGAACUUUCGUCCAUACAGCAGAAGCCUCACGUCCAGGACCGAUUCAUCGUUUUGUUUGCCCCUGAUCACAUCCAUCGUUCGGAAAAACCCGGUGUGAUUUUAAGUGACGGCCAAAAUCCGGGAGUGCCCAAAUAUUCAUUGCAGGACCGCGACGAAAUUUACGGACUAGAGAACAGGUUCUACACUGGUUUGUCCCCACGAGACCUUGACGAUAUUGCCGUUGGAUUGGCUCCAGAUGUCGAUUGGGUCCAGGCAGGUGAAAACCACGAACCCGAAGAAUCCGAGACCGAAACCGAAGACGCUCCUGAAGAAGAAGCCCAAGUGAUCGAAGUCGAAGUCAACGAAUCGAAUCCGGAACAGCGUCAAGUGAUUGUGUAUUUGCCCGAUUCCGACUCUGAAUAG